AUGUCUGACAUGGUGAGGUUGGAGGCCCCGCCGCCAUCGCUCCGGCCCCCCCGCGGCCCACACGUGACCAGGGAGAACCCCGCGCUGCUUCCGCCCACCAAUCACAGCGCGCGAUCGCUCCUGGAUUUCCGCGUCCGGGCGCUGUUUAUUCCCAGUUCCCUCCCAGUGCUCCCAGUAAGAGCGGUCCUAGCACGGAAAGCGCUCCCAAUUCCUUCCGGGUUCUCUCAGGAUCGCUUCGAGUGCUCCCAGUAUUGGUUCCAGCACUGUGCAGGGCACGGCCACUUUGGAACCCCCCAGGGCAGAGCACGGCUGCUUUUCAGUGUCGGCACCGACCUGGGCCGGGCUGGGAGCGGAGGAGGGGGAGGAAGGAAAGAGGAGCGGGAAGAACAAGAAGGGGAAAGUCAGGAACAUGAGGAAGAGGAGCUGCAAGAGAAAGAGCAGCAGCAGAACCACUCGGCUCCCCCGCCCGCCCGCUCAGGCUGCAGUUCCCCCAACUCUGGCAGCAUCGCCCUGCCCCCCCGGAACCCACAGUGCACCAGCCAGAUGUCAUCACCCAGCAGGGCAGGAGGUGGAACUUGUUCGGCUGUUGACAAGUGGCCCGGAGGAUGUCCCCAUGGCUGCUUCUGGCACGGAGCAUCUGCACUCACCCUGGCACAGACAUCUCCCCAGCUGUGUCCCCAACUGUCCCCCUAUGCCACAUGGACUCAGUGCUCACCAUCCUGGAUACCCUUGAGUCCCCGGCCUGGGACUGUGGAUUUCCUCUUCCAAGAGAUUCAGAGCUGGACCGGCUGCCAGGGGAUGCCGAUGGCACCAGAGCUCAGGCAUCUCAGGCCCCCCAGCUGUCACACUGGGGCGACUCCAGGAGCCACUGCAACCCCAGGCCCCUCGAGGGGUGACCUGUGGUGUCCCUCUGGUGUCACUGGCGAGUCCCCAGCAGAAGCAACAUCACCUCCUCAGCAGGAGGAAGACGAGAAGGAGGUGAGGAUGUGACUGAAACUCCUGCCCGUUCACAUGGGGAGGUCGCCACACGAACGGGGGCCAAGCACAGGUGGAGCAGCGGAGGUACCAUGGGGACUGGGGGGGGACAUGGGGACAGUCCCCAAGGUCCCCUCAGGGGAUGCUGUGGUGGGGGCGGGGGGGAGGGGGUGCAGGGUGGAGCAGCAUCUUCAGGGGGAUGUGGGGAGAUGGAAAUGGCUGGGAGUGACCCCAGAAAUGUUUUCACCACCUCCUCCUGUAACAUGUGGGCCGCCCCCUUCUUUGGGGUGCUGGUAACAAAUUGGCAGAUGGCGGUGACAAAAAGCGCAGGUGCCACCUCGGGGAUUGCACAGAGAGAGGGUCCUGCAGCAUGACCAAGACCCCCCUGACUGAGGGGCACCCCAGGGUGACAAAGGGGGGGGGGGGUCAGGGGUGUCCCCAAGGUGUGAGGGGAGCAGGUUUUAUGGGGAAGUGUGGUUGGGGCGCAACAGAAAUGCGUCCAGUCCUGCCGGUGUCCGGAGCACGAGGGGGACAUGGCACCUGUUACCCUGUCACUGUGUCCCCCUGUCUCCCAUCAUCCACUGUACCCCACUGUCCCUUUUGCUGGGCAGCAAGGGGUGGUGGCACUCCUGGAUGGGUGUCCAGGUGGAUCUGCACUCACCUGCUAUGGACAGAGUUGUCAAACGUGAUGUGGGGACACUGGGUUGCACUGUCAUUGGCAUUUCACUGUCAUUGUCACCAUCACUGUCAGUGCCACUGCCAUUUGUCACUGUUAUUGUCACUGUCACUGUCCUUAGCACUGUCACUGUCACCAUCACCAUCACUGUCAUAGCACUCACUGGCUGCUCCCCAGGGUCCGCAGAGGUACUGGGGAACAGCCAGGGGACAGAUGGAUAGAUGUGGGACAGAAGGACAUGAGUGAGACACCAGGAGAGACAUAAGGCACACAAAAGGGACAUGAGAAGAUACCAGAAGGACACUCAGGGGACACUGGGACACUUGCGGACACUCACAAUAUCACUGAAGGUGUAGCAGUCGGGGAUUUUCUGUUUUAGUAGCGUUUGGAUGUUGAUGGCCUUGAGCUGGAACUCCAUGAUGACACUGAUCAGCCUGAGGGGACAAAAAACACUACAAGAGGCCUCAAAAUCACUAAAAAAUAAAAUAGGAAAAAAUCCACCUCAAAAUCCCAAAGAAACCAAUGCAAAAGGGAAAACUCCGCCGCAAAAAAUCCCCAAAAAAGAGAACAAAUCUGCCCAUAAAUCCCCAAAAAACCCUGUGAGUUCCCCAAGUUCAAAAAAAAACCUGGAAAAGGAAAAAUUUGACCCCAAAAAUCCCCCAGAAAUUAAAAUUCCACCCCAAAAUCCUAAAAAAAAAAAAAGGAAAAUUUCCACCCCAAAAUCUCAAAAAAUCCAAUGCUAAUGGAAAAUUCCACCUGAAAUCCCCAAAAACCUCAGGAGUUCCCAAAAUAACAAAAAAAAAAAAAACAUUCUAGAAAAGGAAAAAUUCUGCACCAAAAUCCCCCAGAAAACAUCAGGAAAGGGAAAACUUGGCCACAAAAUCCCCAAAAAUUACCCUGGGAAAGGGAAAAUUUCAUCCCAUAAUCCCACACAGGAAUUCGGAAAAAGGGGUCGCAAAUCCAACACUUGGAUUUUAGGGAUGGGAAACUUCCCUGGGUGGGACUUGUGGGAUUUACCUGUGGAAUUGGAGGGUGAAAUUGCUGUCAGUGCAAUCCAGCACCAGCAGUUGGGGGUCUCCAGGGUACACCCCCAGGCACUCUGUGGGCUUGGGACUGGGGUCAGGGAAUGCUGAGAGCCCAGAAACCCUGGGACUUCCCAAAUCCUGAAUCACAUAUACUCCAGGACCAUCCCAAACCUUGCACCUCAAACCCAAACCCCAAACCCCAAACCAAAACCCUACUCCUAAACCUCUUGGGACCAUCCCAAAUGCCUUUAGAGUAUCCCAAAUCUCAAAUCCCAACCCUAACUCUAAAACCCAAACCCCAAGUGUCCCCACCAGUGAUGACGCUGGAGGCAAUGUCGAAGGUGUCAUUACCAGGGUCAAUGUCCCCUGUGCGGAAGAAGUGCUGUGCCUGGUGCCAUCUCUGGUGACACCUGCAGUGCCAGCAUAGGGGUAGUGGCCCAGGGUCUUGUUGAGGACAGCCAGGUACUGUGGGGACAGGGAAACAGUGCUGGGGAUAGCACUGGGGCACCUCAGCGUCCUCAAAUCACACCAGUGUCCCAAAUCACCUCCAUAGGCUGAGGUCCUUCAUGUCCCCAGAUGACCACUGUGUCCCCAACUCUUCUAACCCCUUUCAGUGUCCGUGUGCCACCUUCUUGAGGACAAAGGCAUGGGGUGGGAGGUGCUGGCCUGGCACAGCCCUCGGGGUGCCCAGUCCCCCUUGUCACUCCCACACCUGUGCAUGUCCCUGUGCCAGGGCUGGCAUUAACGGUAGCACCGGGCCAGGCACUGGCACAGACACCAACCAAAACGGCUUGCAACCAGCAGGGCCACCCAUGGGGUGGGCACGGAGCCACCCCAGCCUGGCCCCACGCCUGGCCUGUCACUGCCAUGCCCACCAGCAUUGCCACACCAUAGACUAAUGUGUCCCCUGGCACUGCCGUGCUCGUGGUGGCAUCUCCACGGGCAUUCCAGCACCUGCGGCGGCACUUCCAUGGCCAUGUGUGCCUUGGUAUCACCACACCCCUGGUGGCACCUCUAUGACCACCUCAUCCUGACACCCCUGAUCACCACCCCCUGUGGAUGACAGGGACACUGUGAGCACCUGCACCCUGUUCUGUCCCUUCAGUUACCCCCUUGUAGACAUCUCUGCUGCCAGUGGCACAGGUGCCACCUGAUGCCACCGUGUGGGACUUGUCCCAGUUAUCGCCGAUGGAUAGACACCUGGUGCCACUGGGCAGGGAUGAUGUCCCCAGGGCUUGUGGCAGAGCAGGACCCACACUGGGAAGGCCACAUCCGAGGCCACCAAACUGUACCCAGCAGGCAGGAGGGACACCGGUGAGAACAUGGUGGUGCCGCAGGGGGGGUGGCAGGUGACGUGUGGGGCACAUGUGGGCACAGGAACUCAUGCAUCACGGGCUGGGGCAGGUACCAUGCUCCAAAAUCAUGUCCCCUGUCCCUGUGUCCUGUUCCGUGUCCUGUGCCAUGCUCAAGGUCAUGUCCUGUGUCCUAUACCACACCCUGCACCCUGUGUCAUGUCCUAUAUGCCCCAUGUCCCAUGUUUCAUGUCUUUAGUCCCAUGUCCCAUGAAACCCUUCACGCUGUGCCCCAGUCAUGCCCAGGGCCCUACACCAAGCCCAAUCUUGGCAUCAUGGCCCUGGGAACUGGGACUGGCACUGGGGCUGGAAGCCACCUGGGACAAUGCCUGGCAUCAUGACACAGCAGCUGGAAACGUGGUGGGGACUGGGACUAGACCAAUGGACACCGGGUCUGGGGCUGGGCACUGGAACUGGACACCAAACCAGGAUCUAUCUUAAGCCCCCAUACUGGUCUGGCAGCACUGAGGUUACUGGGGAUACUGGGAGCUACUGGAGGGGUACUGUGG